UUGCCCAACAUGGCUGCUGCUCCCCUAUUGCUUCCGACGGCAGAGAAGCCAGUUUGCCCUCAGUCAUGAUGGCGGCGCCCAGAAAGUGGUGGAGUGCUGUGGUGCGGCGGCUGCGGUGAGAGGACGGAGCGAGAGGCUAAGCGACCAGCCGGGAGAGAUGCACCCUGAUUGUAAACAACAUCCGUUUUCCAUGUGGAAACAAAUGCACAGGUUGAAUAAUCAGCUCUGUAUAUGACUUCUCUUCAGAACUCACAUUUUUUGCCUGUACUUCUAAUCUGGCAGUUAGCCAGAGGGACUUUUGAGAGUUUCCUAGUAUUUUUUUUAACACAUAAACAGUGGUCAUAGUCAUCACUGCUGUUAUGUCCUGGGUACAAGUUGCAGUCAGCCGAUCCAGUGAAGAUAUAUUUGAUGAAGAUGCAGAUGAGAUGUAUCUACUACAGAAAGAAUGGAACAGCACCAUGAAAAAAAGAUUGAAGGAAGGAUACAGGGAUGGAAUUGAGGCUGGGAAAGAACUUGCACUCCAGGAAGGUUUCAAUCAAGGUUAUAGACAUGGAGCUGAGCUGAUGGCUACCUGUGGCCAGUUCAGAGGAACCCUGAAUGCUCUCUUAUCCUGGUGUCAUCUUAAUGGACAUGAUUCUGCCUUAAGUAAGAUAAAUAAUCUUCUUGAUGUGAUUGGAAAGCAUGAAGAAGAUGUGCUUAAGUAUCUUAAUUCUGUUGAACAACAGCCAGAUCUUGGACACAUUUUAGAUUCUGUUCAGGACAUGGACCUUAAUCACACAGAUCCAGCUGGGACAGAGUACAAUGAAGUUAAACCUGGAAAACAUGAAGACGUUGGCAGCUCUGGUGAAAAUAUUUGUAGAAAUAAUGGUGAGGUUGGUUCCUUGCAGUCUGAAUGCAGCAAGGCAAAACUCUGCACAGAUUCUGAAAGGUCAACCCUUGCUUGGGUUAAAAAGCAGACUACUUGGCUAGUAGAGCAACUGGGCUUAUCACUGGAUAUACUCCAUCAUGUCCAGCAACUGGAACAUUAGUUUUUCUGUCUCAUGGUAUUUAAAGUUAUAUCAACUGGAUUUGAUUCUCAGUUUGUGGACCAUGUACAGGCUGAGGUAUCACUUUGGUUUAGGGAAAUCUGAUUUUGAUACUUCCCAGUAGAGGUAAUUUCGCUAAAUCUUCACCAUACUUUGGCUGCUGGCAAAGCCCCCUUGCUUUCAAUCUUAAAUGUAACUUUCAUAGAAAGGGGAAAUUACUUUUAAAGCUCUACAAAGAUUUCCUAAACAUGUUUCUGUUCUGUGUCAGAAGGUAUCAUUUCACCCUUGUGUUCUUUUUGGCAGCACUUUGGAAAUGGAGCAGUUCCCUUAAAUAGCCCCUCUAAAUAGGCCCCCUCUAAUAUCUAAAAAACAAAUGCCCAGUGCUACAGACAAGUUAUUCUUGCAGAAUAAGCUGAUGAUGAUUAUGUGCUAACUUUACGCAAAAUAGAACAGGGUUUGCUGCUGAUUUCUACUGUGCUAUGACUCUUUCUAGUCACUAUAUAAAAUAUAGGAAUUUUUCACCUUUUGUCAAAUUCUUCCUCUUACCUUUUGUAACCACUAUGCAGUGCACUUUCACAGUUAAAAACUAUUUUUUUUUCUCCUCAUACAGUUCUAUUUAUUUCACUUUUGCUGAAAACACACUGCUCUCUUCAAAUGCAUAUUACUGAGAAUUCCAUUGUUUUACUAUUAGACCAUCUACUCUUACCCUGGUAGACCACACUGAACAUGUUUCCAGUCUAAUGAACUUCCUUGUGUUAUUUUUCUAUUUAUUUUGCCACCCCUCUAGCCUGAACUCUCUUUCUGUCAUUCCCAUAGUGUUUUUCCCAAACUCUUCAAGGCAGCCAGGCUUAUUCACCUUCUCUUAGAAACACAUUGUCAGCCAUUCAGUACCACUUCUGUAUUAGAGACUCUUAAUUGCAGUUCUGUUCCCCCCUUUUUGAACUUGUUUCUGAAAUAGUGGACAAAUAGGGCUGUCUGCAUUAAUUAUGUAGGUACAAAAUUGUUCAAACAACUUUCUUUUUCUUAAUUUAUUUAGCAUAAUGCUGACAUGGAUAAACAUUACUUUUCUACAUUACUUUUCUACAGAUGCAUGUGUUACGUUAUAGCCUGUAUCACCUAUGUUAGACAGAAAUUUCUUCUGUACGGUGGUAGAAUGUGGUGCAGACAAAAAUAAAGGUUACUAGAGCAGUGUUAGACUUUCCAAAUUUAGAAGUUUAAAAAUGCAAAUUCAAGAGUAUGACUUCUCUGUAUUUAGUAGUGUGCAAAGAGGAAACUCCAUUCACAAAUUACUAAGUAGACAGUGAGCUUGCCAAGUUGUCUCCAACUACUUCUGCAAAAGCAAUCUACGCCAGGGAAAUAUUUCCAUCUUGUUUGAUUAUCAAACAAUAGAUUGUGUUUUACUUAUCUGUCAUAACAGCUUCUGUACUAGCUGUGGAAUUACUUUCCUCCACUCUGCACAAAGUUUCUGUGCUUACUGUGGGGUUACUUUUUUCCACAUUAUCACCCAGAGUUUCCAGUUUGGCUGUGGAGAGAUUUUCUUUUGCGCUAUCUGUAAUACUUGGCUUAUCUGUCACUACCAAAUCUUGCUGACUAUCCACAGAAAGACUUUCUUCAAGACUAUUAGAAUCCGUAAUUUGCUCACAUGGUGGUUCAGGUUUUUGUUUCGUGUCUACUUCCGUGUCUUGCGUUUCACUAUCGGCUUUCAGCUUGGCAGCGUUCCUGAAAAUAGCUCUCAUGACAACUGGGACCGACAUGCAACUGAAGGAGGAAAUGAAACAUUGGUCACUACUACAGACUUCAUCCAUCCUUCAACUUGAGGUUUUUUUAAACUGUGGCUGACAUCGGAAUGAUACAAACCAGCACUACCUCCUUGCAUCUUUUUGCCUUGUAACUGCAAUGUAACUACAUGUGCUACACUGGAAACAUAUGUCAACACAAAAUCAAGUGCUGGAUCUUUGAGCUUAGUGCUGCAAAGAAGCUUUGAUAGAAAAAGUUGGGAGGGUUUAGUAAAAAAAAAAUCAUAAGGGUGCUUUUAAUGGAAAACUAAACUAAUAAUACUGAAAUAUAUUCAUUCUUGCCGAGUUUUGUAAUUGUAACUUUCAUGUUUUGUGUAAGACAGGUACAGACCAUAUCUUCUCUAAAGCACUAUCUACACUAGAGAGGUUUUUGUUCCAUUCUGCAAUAGACUUACCUCGUUCCAGGGAUAGUGUCUAGUAUCCUGUCACUUAAGACAGGGCAGGCUAAUUAAACAGGUUCAAAAUCCAGCCUGCAUUGAUCUUGCUGUCAUCAAAUUGAUAGUAGUUGUAUACUAGCUUAUGCCAAAUUAAUUUGUACUCUCAGUCCUUUCUCUAGCAUAUGUUAAUAUAUCGCAGCAACUUGCCUCUCUUGGAAUUUUUUUCAGAAAAUGAGCCAGAAACAGUGUUGUAGACAUGCCAUGUACACCUUGCUUUCUAAAAAGAAGCACUGAUUGCUAUUAGGUAGAUGUGGAAAAAAUCCUUUCCAUGCUAUUCUAAGUUAGAGCGGUCAUGAGACUGUCAUCAGCUACAGUCUUCAGAAAAGACUUCUUUACAAAAGAAAAAAGCAUCUUUAUAAAAGGUAAAACUCUUCAUUCAAAAGUGUUUCCCUACCUCACAUGCUUUCUACUAGAAAGCAACGCUUUCCAUCACUAUUAAUAAUUAAAAUUUUUGAAAGAGAUACUUAAGACACUAAAGUAACUUAUUCUUACUAUUAUAACUUUUUACUAGAGUGGAGUUUUCUGGUUGCUGAGUUCUGGGACAUUGUGAAAGCACAUGAUAUUUCCAUUAAAUGGACAUCUGAGGUUCAUUCCAACUGUUAUGAAACGAAACUACUUACCGCUUCACAGCUCUUGUUAUAAAGUCAUCACUAGAAUUUAGAGUUGGAUCUCGAGGAUUUAAAUGAAGGCGACAUUGGACUUCUCUGGAGGUUAUAACAUCAAUUAUCACUAAGAAAGAACAGAAUAUAAGUAUUACAAAAUAAACAUUUUUAUAAACAUUGAAAACCGUCCUUUCAUUCUGAUGCUUCGAGAGGUAAAACUGAAGUCAAUGGGAAAGGGUUUGCAGCAAUGCUCUUGCAUAAGGUUUGCUUUUUCCUAAUAUACUUAAAUCAGAAAUAGCAGAAGUUGCAAUUUAUUAAUUAACUGCAGGCCAAGACAGAAUAGGACUUGAAUAUUUGCAUUUACUUUCUGGUUUAUGCCGCAUACAGAACACUUUUUAGUAAGCAGUUUAUACACAAGUGCUAUUUUGUGUUUUUCAUUUAUUGCACACCAUUGAGAGUAGCCCUUAGAAUGUGUUUGUAACCAAGAAGCAUAGUGCAAGAGCCUAGAUAGAUCCAGGUCCCUUGUCAGCCCAAUAAAGAGGACAGUAUCAAUUAUUCCACACGUACCACAGGCUAAAUUCUCUUCCACAGGAUGAAGGAAAAAGACAGAAAAGCUGGUGUUCUUGUGUGGUAACACUUCAAAGUAAAGCAGUUCUGAAUCAUCUAGAAAUAAAAUUACUAUUUAGUGAUAUCAACGCAUUGAACCUGGACUCUGGCUGAAUCACAUGCCAGAAUUUAAAAAAAUGCUGCUAGAGUAGAAUCUAAUUAUUCAUCACUUUGGCAACUUAGUUUAUGCUUAUAGAAGUGUCAGGCCUAGGAGAUUUUUUUUAAAAAAAAAAAACCUGUUCAACAGAGUGUAAUACUAGAAUUAAGGAUUUUUUAUCAUUUAAAAUACUCUACAAGUAAUGACAGCUUUGGCAAGGGAGCAGUAAAUCUGUUAACACCCAGCUUAGAAGCUAGUUUCUCUCAAAUACUCCACCAUUACUUCCAACCACACAAUUUACCUUCAUUUAUAUGCUUCUCAGAGACACAGCUGCUAAUAAGACUGUUAUAUGCCACUUGAUGUCGAAGAAUCUCUAUUACGCCAGGCACACACUUUGGAUGGCUAAAUGGGAUUUUACUGACCAAGGCUCCUGCUAAAUCUGAUUUUUCUGAGCCCUUGUUUAUGAAGUAACAGUGCUUUGGGCAAUCUGGAAGAGACUGAACAACAAAUAUGGCAAUAUUUCAAGCACUGAAAACAAGAAAGAAGCUUGAUGUUAUCAGGCAACUGCACAAUCUGUCAGCAAAAAGAAUUUUGGAAGACAAUUCUAGCAUGUCUAUCAUGGCUCUGCAAUUCAGUAGAAAUAUAAUCCUUGGAGGAAACUAAAUGAGAUCUGCUCUCCCUCCCAAAUGCAUCCAAAUUAGGUGAAUAUACCCAGAGCCAAGUGAUCAGGAGUUCAAGUGUCACGAAUUCUUCCAACUACUGUAGAAAUGUUAACAAACAGUAUCUUCUCUCAGAAGAAUAUUAUAGUAGUGCUGCUUGACAAUUGUACAAAUAGGAUAGCAGUUUUGCCUGAAAUCUCUUUGGGGCAUCAUAUGUUGUUCCUCCCUCCAUCACUACUACUUGCUUUGGAGAAGCAUGUUUGGCUAGAAUAUCUCCUGAUGAUUCAGUUGAAGAAGAGAAGAGGAGAUAGUAAGAAAAAUUUGCCACCUGUCCAUGUUGACAGUGAUUCUGUGACAAAAUUAGAAGUGUGAUACUGUGUUAUCUACUUCAGGAUGCCAAAUGGGAACUGCCACUUUAAGAACAGGGCAGGGCAGUUAAUUAGUAGGGUCGACAUUAACAAAAGCUGAAGAGCAGAAUAAAAGAGCUUUCCCUUGUGCAAAAGGAUUUCCCCUACAUUCCUUUCAAGGUUAGAAUUUCAAUUUAGAAAUAAAAUCUUUAAACUCAGAAGCAAAACAAUCUUCCUAGCAAGUACUAAUAUUUUAGGGAAUUGCUGAAGAGUUACAGGGCCUUUCAUGUGUACCUAAAGGAAAUGAAAAAUUAAUCCCAUCUUACAGUUUUUAUAGUUGAGAGCUUUGUUAAACCUUAUUUUAGUAUGGUGUAAACUUACUACCUUCUGUACCACUGCCUCAAAGUCCAAGAACUAUAUAGGCAAUGCUAACACUGCUAGUAGAAAAGAAAGAAGUGCCCUCUUCUUUUGGUGCCAUGAAUUGCAAAAUUAGUGUUUCCUAGCAAAAAAGUAAAUCUUUGAAGCUUGUCUUGUAGGUGCCUGUACAUAAGUCUGGCAGAAAGCAUCUUAGCCACCAUUUCCUAUUUUAAAACUUUUCCUCUACAUCUAACGCAGCCUAAAUUAAAUAUUUUUUAAAUGAGAGUUAUUAAAAGUUAAGCCAUCUACAGUUAAACAACCAUGGCCCUAGAUAAUAAUUGAUAUCACUGUUGUAAGACUUUACGCUUUUCUUCCUGCUAGUUGCUUUAAAAGGAAUCAGUGUUCUCAGUGUUAAUCUAAUCAAGAAAUCUUUUUUGUUAAAACAGCGUGAUAUGCAGCGUGACAUGCAGCAUGAUAAAGACCUUCAAAAAUCUAGGUAAGUACCAUUGUGGGACUUGCUCCUCACACCAACCAAUAAGUUUCCUUCUUUUUAAGGCAUUAAUAAUAAAGUUCUGAGCAAUUUU